CCAUAAUAAAAAGGUGGCCGAGAUCCAAGACCGGCAGCAGCAGCAGCAUGGCAGUGACAGAGCAAUGUGUAGUGUACAGCUGGGGACGCGGCGAAGACGGCCAGCUCGGGCUCGGCGAUACCAGCGACCAGUACCGGCCCGUGCUCGUCGAGGCGCUCCGGGACAAGUGCGUCGUCCAGAUCGCGUGCGGCAGCGGCCAUACCGUCGUGCUCGAUGAGAAUGGCGAUGUAUAUACGUGGGGCCGCGGCGACGACGGGCGGCUGGGCCAUGGCGACAACGGAUGGAAGUUUGUGCCACGCCUGGUCGAAGCGCUGCACGGAAAGCGCAUCAAGCAGGUCACAUGCGGCAGCUACCACACCGCCGCCGUGACCGUCACAGGGGAGCUAUAUACGUGGGGCGGCGGCAUGUACGGCAAGCUCGGCCACGGCAACGAAAGCGGUCACUCGGUGCCGUACCUGGUCGAUACGCUCUCCAACCACAAGGUCGACCAGGUUGCUUGCGGGUCGCGCCACACGGUCGUGCUCCUCGAGAACCGUGACGUGUACACAUGGGGCGACAAGGAGAACGGCGUGAGCGGUCACGGUGAUACGGACGGCCAUCAGUACCUGCCCUGUGCAGUCGACGAGCUCAAGGACAAGUCCAUCAUGCAGAUUGCCGCCUGCGGGUUUCACACGGCGGCGCUCAGCGAGGAGGGCGAGCUCUACACAUUUGGCGAAGGCAAGUUUGGCCGGCUUGGUCACAACAGCGAGCGCAACCAGCUCGUCGCGCGCGUCGUCGAGACGCUGCACGGCAAGCGCAUCAAGCAGGUCGCUUGCGGCGGCUUCCACACGGCUGCGGUCACUGAUACGGGCGAGAUUUUUACAUGGGGCGGCGGUGAGCACGGGCAGCUCGGCCACGGCGACAAGGUCAACAAGACGAUCCCGUCGCUUGUCAAGCACCUUGCCGACAAGGUUGUUGUGCAAAUCACGUGUGGCUGGAGCCAUACCGUUGCGUUGACGGAGAACGGCGAGGUCUAUACGUGGGGCAACGGCGACCACGGCAAACUCGGCCACAACGACCAAGUCAAAGUGACGUUGCCCAAGCUCGUCGAGACGCUUCAGUCCAAGCGCGUCGUUUCGAUCGCGUCGUACAAUGAACACACGGUCGCCCUUGUCGAUCCUGUCGCGAUGCUUCGGCCGUCGCUGCUCACCUCGACGUACGCCGCCAACAUGCGGUCGCUCAUCGACCAGCCCGAGUUUGCCGACGUGGUGUUUCUCGUCGACGGCCGUCGCGUGCACGCCCACCGCGCGAUCUUGGCCGCGCGCUCGGACCACUUUAAGGCCAUGUUUAGCUCGGGCAUGCGCGAGGCGCGCGAACUUGAAGUGCACGUCGAGACGAUUCGCGCUGCGGUGUUUCUGCUCUUGCUCGAGUACAUGUACAACGACACUGUCGACGUGCCGACGCCGGAACUCGCCAUUGAGCUCUACGCGGCUGCCGACAUGUAUACGCUCGACCGCCUCAAGGGCUUGUGCGAGCUCGUCGUACAGAAAGGCCUCACCGUCGAGAACGCUGGCGUCCUCUUGAGUGCGGCCGACGAGCUCCACGCAGGGCGACUACGCGACCUCUGCAUGCAUUUCAUCGUGCGCCACUUUGACACAGUCACCAAGACGGAGGGCUUCCAACUGCUUAGUCGCGAGCUUAUUCUCGAGACACUCCAAAACCGAUAAGCCAUGUACGACAAAUCUACUAAUCUACUAAUCUACUAAUCUACGGUGCCGUCUUGUACGCUGUCG